UGUUCCGCUGAUUCUUGAUGGUGGAAGUCAGUGUCACUGUUUCAUCAAAGUGAAUGGGGUGAAACCGCAGUCACGUAUUGUCUGAGUGGCAGUUGAAUUUUCCUAUCCAAACUCCUGAGUGCAUUUCCAUUACUUUAUUUCUGCCUGCCUCGUUAUGCAAGGUGAGUGUAAAGUUAGGAGGCUUUGUUUUUUUCUUUUCUGUCUUAUUACAAACGCACCCGAACUUAUGCACCCAAAUCACUGUUGUCCCCUUCAUUGUUGUUCCUUGAGAAGACUAAAUACUUAUUUGAAUGCUGUGGCUAUUAGAUUCAGAAAGGUUUUACAACAUCCCUCUUUGGGACUGCCUUCAGCAAAUUCUUUUGAAAACCCUCCCUCCUAACAUAUCUUUGUCUUUUGAGGGUGAAUUUGAUAUUUGGAAGUUAUCAAAAGAUCUGACAUAUAAAGAACCAAGUGUGAUGUAUGAGGUCUGGGUGAUCUGUCUGGGUCCAAAGCAGGGUGUGACCCCGAAUCCUGUUGGUCUUCAUCUCCGGAGUCUUCCUGGGACAGCAGUCACCAAGACAAGGCACAUCAAAAGCAGGCACCUUUGCCACCUCUACCUUAGAUUUCCCCACUCUGUUAUACAGGAGCAAAGGUUUUGAGAAUUCGGGAGGCUAACUUUCUGGUCUGUUUGUUGAAAGAAAGAAAAAGAAUUCGUGUUUUAUGGAUGUGUCUCAUCUAUGUUGUAUGUGGUAUCUUUUGAUGGCCACAGCAUUUCAAAAUGACGGCAGCUGCCCUGAUUGAGGCAAAUAUAUCUGUUCCAAACUCCAUUCGGUAACUCUGUCCCUCUUGGACUCACUGGGCUGGAGAGGGAAGGUGUAAGACUCCUCUUGCCCGCUGCUGUCUCGCACCCUGUCACGUGGCAGUGACUUGGCCACGCUCACCUGCUGUGGUUGUAGAGAAGAUGAGAUGGCAUCCCCUUCCCGUGGAGUGCAGAGCUGUCCCAGGAUUGGUGGAGACCAAGCCAUUGCUGCAAGGAGUCUGGCUGAUGGCUGGGCACGGCCUUCCGUGGACCUGCCAUCACAGAAAAUUCCGGGUAGAUAUGCCUGGCUCAGGCAGCGCCUUCAUCCCCACCAUCAACGCCAUCACGACCAGCCAGGACCUGCAGUGGAUGGUGCAGCCCACGGUGAUCACCUCCAUGUCCAACCCGUACCCCCGUUCGCACCCCUAUAGCCCCCUGCCGGGCCUGGCCUCUGUCCCUGGGCACAUGGCCCUCCCAAGACCCGGCGUGAUCAAGACCAUUGGCACCACUGUGGGCCGCAGGAGGAGAGAUGAACAGCUGUCCCCGGAAGAGGAGGAGAAGCGUCGAAUCCGGAGGGAGAGGAACAAGCUGGCCGCGGCCAAGUGCCGGAACCGCCGCCGGGAGCUGACCGAGAAGCUGCAGGCGGAGACGGAGGAGCUGGAGGAGGAGAAGUCGGGCCUGCAGAAGGAGAUCGCCGAGCUGCAGAAGGAGAAGGAGAAGCUGGAGUUCAUGCUGGUGGCCCACGGGCCCGUGUGCAAGAUCAGCCCCGAGGAGCGCCGGUCACCCCCGGCCUCCGGGCUGCAGGCCCUGCGCAGUGGGGGCAGCGGAGGGGUAGGCGCCGUGGUGGUGAAGCAGGAGCCCCUGGAAGAGGACAGCCCCUCGUCCUCAUCAGCGGGGCUGGACAAGGCCCAGCGCUCCGUGAUCAAGCCCAUCAGCAUCGCUGGGGGCUUCUAUGGGGAGGAGCCCCUGCACACCCCCAUAGUGGUGACCUCCACUCCUGCCAUCACCCCAGGCACCUCGAACCUCGUCUUCACCUACCCCAGCGUCCUGGAGCAGGAGUCGCCUGCGUCGCCCUCUGAGUCCUGCUCCAAGGCUCACCGCAGAAGCAGUAGCAGUGGGGACCAGUCGUCAGACUCCUUGAACUCCCCGACUCUGCUGGCUCUGUAACCCAGCUCCCAGGGGCGUCCUCGUCACUGCCUCCUUCCCAGGGACCAGCACCUUUCAGCACUCCAGGGCCACGAGGGUAAGAAGGGGACCCUGCCAGAGAGCUCCCUGGUUCUGGGGAGACCCAGGUGGGAUUUGGAAGUGAGGCGCUGGAGGACUUGGACAAUCUCUUGGAAGUCACGGGACCUCCUCCCUCGUUCAUCUUGCAAAGCAAAUCCUGUUUCUUGAAAAACGUUGGACAACUUGGUUCGGCGGACCCGGGCAUCUCUCUGGCUUCUGAAGAGCCUGAAGCUGGUGUGGACCGUUCCCGUCCCUUUGUCACGACAUGUCUCUGGAGUGAUGGUGUCUUUCUCUGCCCCACCAAGCAUGCUCAGUGCCUUUUGGUUUCACCUUCCCACUAUUUGCCCCUUCCUUUCCCCAGUGUCAAUUUCACUUCCUCUUGGUUUUUAUCAAAUUUGCCAUGACAUUUCAUCUGGGUGGUCUGAAUAUUAAAGCUCUUCAUUUCUGGAGAUGGGGCAGCAGGUGACUCUUCUGCUGGGGCUGACUUGUCCAGAAGGGGACAGUCAAUGUGCAAUACAGAACCUUUCCUCCCCUGACACUCCCGGUCCACCACCAUCUCCAGAACCACCAGCAGGGCUCCCUGAGCUCUCGAGGAGAUGCCGCCAUCGCUGGGAGGCUCGGAGGACCCUUCCUCCCCAUCCUCGGAGACGGCUUUUGGAGGAGCGGCUUGGCCAAAAGACAGGGUGUGAGUGAGACAGCCGGGGCACAGAUUGGGUUUGCCAAAUGCCUAAUUACCGGGCCAGGAAUAGUGCCAACAAUCCACAUGGGUGUCUUGAGUAGGACGUCUCCUGUAAUUACUGCCUCGCCGUUCUGCCCCGGACCCUUCUCUCCGGACCAGGGAGGCAUCCCUCCCUAGGAGCCACAAAUCACUCCAAGUCCCUGCCGGCUCUGCCCUCCUCCACCCUGCCUCUCAGGGUGAUGCCACCCACGGAGGUUUAAUGAGCGUGGGCCUGGCCCCUCCCCAAGCCUCAAAAGCGCCUCUGCUGUGGACAGAAAUGCAGGGGGAGGAAGGAGGGAGGCAGUCGGAGUGGGGUUCGCCUCGCAGCAGCCCCAGCACCCGCUUCUCACCUCUCACCCAGGUGCCUGUUCAACCCCCUGUGGUCGUCUGCUACCUAAUGGAGCUAGUGCUUUUGCUUGUACACUCCCCUGCCCCUCACCCCAGCGUGCUCCUCAGAUCCAUCAGCCAGUUGUGAGCGGCUGGCCCAGAGCUGUCACUGUGGCUUGCAGCGUACCUGCCAUGCUUGGGGGCUGCUGAAAUCAGAGAUGAGAUGUGUUGCUUCCCGCUGCAAGCUAGCUGCUCCCUUCCCAUGGGGUGGGGGGCAAGGAAGGGGUCCUCCAGCCUCGCCAAGAGCACAGCUCAGCAGAGCUCAGCGUGGUCCCCACCUCCCACCCCUCAAAGCCUUUUUCUCCCCAGGGUUGAUCUUCCAGAAUGAGCUUCUGCUGGGCUAGUGCUCUGAGGGAGACCCCGCUAUUGUGAUUCAGCUCUAGAGAUCAUUGGAUGAUAAUUUAAAAUUAUAUAGAUAUUAUUUAAAUCAACCCAGUGGGGGUUAGAACUCAAAGUUGGACUCCGGGGAGAGAGAGAGAAAGAGAGCAGUGACAUGGUUCCCUGUUCCCUAUUCCCUUCACGUACCCAGGCCUGGCACGCGGGCUGGCAUUUAAUGUCCAUUAUCCACUUGCCAUGCACUAGACACACAGAAUGGAACAGCCGAAUGCCUAAAAUACACAGACUGCUGUGACUGGGAGUGACGUGUGGAGAGAUAGGGCAUGAAGAGAGAGGAGAUUAAAAGAAAAAGUAUUUUGUCCCCAAAUGCUUUAAAAAUGUUAUUUCCCACAUUCCUUGGCUGUGACGCUGCCCUCCCAGUUCCCCAGAGGUUCUGGGCGGGGCGCUCCUAAUAAGAUUGGGCCACUGGGUUUCUCUGGCUUCAGAUUAAUCAAGGACGCGGAAGUCAGCAAGGAGUAGCAGGAGACGGGCAAAGAGAGCUGGGGUGUGCUCAGCUCUGAAAGGCUUAAUCAUCUCAAGUUGUGUUUGUGGCCAAUUGGGAGCUAUUUGCUUCUUUUUGCAUAUAUAUAUAUAUUUCUUAAACGAA